UCAUCUCGAGAAGAGAUCGCAUUGAGACGAUCGCCUUGUGUCGUGCUAGUGUUCCACUACCAUGAGUCUGUUUUUGUGCAUCUUAGUGGCAAGCAUCGCUAUCCCGGCAGCCACUAUAUACGCACCUGGUGUACGACUCGAUGGCGAAAGAUUGUUGGAAAAGUUUGACGACAUGCGGCAUCAGUUUUUGGCACUGCAACAAGACGUACAGGAUCAACGGAAAGAGAUAGUGAAAAUUCGUGAAGAAUUUGGGCGAUUACUGAAUAAGUCUCAGGAAGAGAUUGUUCGCAAGCUCUUUUACGAUAGUAACAGCAUACCUAGCAUCUCACAGGAGCUCCAGCAAGCGCAACACCAGGUUCUGAGCAAUCUUUCUCGGCUACAAACUACGGUAACGGAAAUUGUUGAUAUGCAGAACAGCGCCAGUUAUUGGUUUCGAUCGUGCGCAGAAACUCCACUCAAAAUAUCCGGAAAAUAUCAAAUACGCAUUCCUGGAGAAGCGAAGCCGGUUGUGGUGUAUUGCGAACAGGACGCGUUCAAUGGUGGCUGGUUGGUGAUACAACAUCGAUUCGAUGGAUCUCUCAGUUUCGAUCGCAACUGGAAGGAGUACCGAAAUGGCUUCGGUAAAGUCGGACACGAGUUUUGGCUCGGAUUGGAGCGAAUCCAUCAGCUAACUACGAGCCGCGACUGUGAGCUGCUGGUGGAACUGAAAGAUUUCAAAGGCAAUUUCAAAUAUGCCCGCUACAACCAAUUUACGAUAGGUAGUGAGGCAGAACAGUACAAGCUAAAUGCUCUGGGCACAUACAGCGGAACUGCUGACGAUGCCCUCAAAUACCAUAAAGGAAUGAAGUUUUCAACGAAAGAUCGUGACAAUGAUGAAGUCUAUGGUGCGGAGGGUUUAAAUUUUUAUGCAUUUAUGACAGCAAACAGGCCGAGUGAGGAAGGUUGUGCAAAUAGAUUCUAUGGUGGUUGGUGGUUCAAAAACUGCUACGUUACGCACCUGAAUGGUCCAUUAAGAAAUAUCAAAGGAAAGGGAGUCGCCAAGAUGGAAUGGUUCAAUUUUACCAAUCAGUGGGAUGGAUUAAGCUAUUCCAGGAUGAUGAUUCGUGAAUUGCAAUAACCAAACACAUUCUUCAAAGCCUAUCAAUAUGUAACACACUAAUAGAGUGCGAAAUUCUAAGGUUUUCAGUGUUAACUGUUAUGUAUUCAAUAAACAAUGAUGUAUUGCAUGUAUUGAAUAGAUGACCUUGCUUAAUUUCUAAGAAAAUAACAUGACAAUAAGAUUGUACGAAGCAGUGGCGUUGUUUGUUGUUAUUGGAAACACCCGCGCAAUGGUGUUUCUCCACGUUGUUCCUGUUAUCAGCGCGUGAUUUGGUGUCAGCAAUCUCACUUACUAUUCCCGCAAUAAUAAACUCGUCCAACGGACUAAAGCAUCUACACU